AUGUCUCGUUUGAUUGCGAAGAAGUUGCUUCAAGGUAAGAUUACAACCCCAUCCAAGAUUUGUGUGCGGUCCUAUCACCCGAUUGCAAAGGAUUAUAUCAAGCCUAUUACUAUUGAACCAUUGACUUAUACAACAGAUUCGUUGCAAAGUAAAGUGCUUGGCCAUUGUCUUGCUAAUAACGUCCCUAAACAUGGGUUUAAGGAAAAAGCUAUUGUACAAUCAAUUAAUCAAUUAGGUCUCUCACCAUCACUAAUAUCAGUGUUAGGUUCAUCUAACUCCCCAUCGUUUUUUCAUUCAUCGCCAGCAGUUUUAGAAUUGAUAAAAUACCAUUUGGUAACUAAAAGACAUGAAUUGACAAAGGAUAUUCCACAAGAUAAUAUUGAUCACAACAACGGAUUGCCAUCAUUAGAAGAAUUGAUGAUCAAACGUUUACAAAUGGAUAUUCCUGUUGGUGGCCAACUGACAGAUCUUUUUGCCCAAUUAUCAAUUCCAAGCCAAUAUUUGAUGGACACUGCUUUACCAGAACUAUUUAAUUUAGCAGAUGAUAUGAUAUAUUUCUCGAACGAGAAGGACCAUUUCGAUAUGGCUUGGUACACAAAGAGAUUAGGUGUUUCAUUUACAUAUGUUACAAGUAAAUUAUUUAUGGCUCAGGAUAAAUCCCCAAAUUUUUCAGAAACUAUGCAAUUUGCUCAUGAUAAAUUGUACAAUGUUAUGAAACUUGGUGAUUAUUACAAUAAUGCGGAAGAAUUCGCAUGGUACACUUUGAUGGUUUCUACAAACCUGAUCAAAUCUCAACUGGCUAGAAAAUAA